GAUCCCUUAGAUACUCUAUAUUUUUUUUGGUAGAAAAUACUCUAUAAAUCAUGCAUGUAAAUUAAUUAUUUGAAAUUUGAAAGGAAGGGAAAAUAAAGGCGGGAAAGCAACUAGUCUCUUGGUAUCCGUAUUGCUUUCUCUAGCGCGGGUCCACCCUCCUGCCCUGUCUUGUCUUCUCAACCAAUUCCCUCCCUUUUCCUCCCAAAUUGCCAAAUCCAAACCGCGUCUCCACAAGUUUCUGGUUCAGCAUUUGAGCAUUUAUUAGUUUAAUCUUCUCUUUGAACACUCACUUAUCUUGCUUAAGACUUUACGGUGGGCCUUAAUCGGAAUUUGAAACACUUGUCACCUGACUUGAGAUGAUAUGAUAGCGCACCAAUAUGAACAAUCAUUGCCGAAAUUGCUUCUACAGGAACUGAGUUCAAAUUAAAGUGCACAACCCAACUUGACCGAUAAACAAGCAUCCAAACAAACCCCCGUCUCUCGUUCUUCUCGUCACCUCCCAAAACAGAGCAACAAGAAUGGAGAAUGAAGAACUGUUGGUUCUGCAAGAACAAGAAGAAGCAUCAGCCGCGGUCGUCGGAGCCGGAGAAAGCAGUGUAACCCACGGAGGGAGGUACGUGGAGUACAACCUUCUUGGAAACAUCUUCCAUGUAUCCUCCAAAUACGUCCCUCCCGUUCAUCCCGUCGGCCGCGGUUCGUAUGGCGUCGUCUGCUGUGCCAGAAAUGCAGAGACGAAUGAGGCGGUGGCGAUUAAGAAGAUCGGAAAUGCUUUUGACAACAGUGUUGACGCCAAGAGAACCCUCCGUGAGAUCAAGCUUCUCCGCCAUAUGGAUCACGAAAACAUUAUCAAAAUUAAAGACAUAAUCCCGCCGCCGGAGAAGGACAAGUUCGACGACGUUUACAUCGUCUACGAACUAAUGGAUACCGACCUCCACCACAUCAUCCGCUCCUCACAGCUUCUCACCGACGACCACGCCCAGUACUUUCUGUACCAAUUGCUUAGGGGUUUGAAGUACAUCCACUCGGCAAACGUGCUCCAUCGCGACUUGAAGCCAGGGAACCUGUUGCUGGAUGCGAAUUGCGAUCUCAAGAUAUGUGAUUUCGGGCUGGCGAGGACCACGUCUGAGUCCGAUUUCAUGACGGAGUACGUCGUCACGCGGUGGUACAGGGCGCCGGAGCUCUUGCUCAAUUGCUCCGGCUACACCGCCGCAAUCGACAUUUGGUCCGUCGGUUGCAUUUUCUUGGAGAUUGUUCAAAGAGAGCCGCUUUUUCCUGGGAAGGACUACGUUCAGCAGUUGGGUCUUAUUACCCAGCUACUGGGUUCGCCGGAAGAUUCUGAUUUGGGAUUCCUGAGAAGCGACAACGCAAGGAAGUAUGUGAAGCAUUUGCCGCAUUUCCCUAAGCAACCCUUUGUGGAGAAGUUCCCAGAUGUUUCGCCAUUAGCGCUGGAUCUCGCGGAGAAAAUGCUCGUCUUUGAUCCCAGCAAGCGCAUAACUGUGGAGGAAGCGUUGAAUCAUCCGUAUCUGUCGAGUCUCCAUGAGAUCAACGAGGAACCAACCUGUUCAAGUCCGUUCGUCUUCGAUUUCGAACAGGCUUGUUUGAGUGAGGACGACAUAAAGGAGCUCAUUUAUUUGGAGUCUCUGAAUUUCAUGUCUCCCGAUGAAGACGCCAUGGACUUGAGUAAUUGACGCCCUGAAUUUCAUUGUUUCCCGAUUGUUCAUUUCCGGUUUGUGCUCAUUAUUGGUGAUGACAGCAUUGACAGGACUUAAUUUUUGCUGGUUAUUGUUUCGAAAAAGGAAAACAGAGAGAAUGGAUAUCUCUGAAGAGGAGAUGGGAUCUUCUCUUUGAGCAGCUUUCCCACUAAGCUAGGGAAAUUUUGAUCCUUUUUUGUUUGGUUAUAAAUAUGUUGAUGGCGGGAAUUGAACAGAGGGUUUUGGUUAUCCUGAGCCCCUUCAAUGUAUACAUUGGUUUGCUUCGUUGAUUUGAAAAAUUAGGAUUUUGGCAUGACUUGGAUUUUGGAAAAUCAUGUAUAUAUGAUGAAUUUGGUGAUAUUAUAGAUUUAAAAAAGUCUAUUGUUUGCUUUUUGGAUUUGAUUAUGAAUUUUGUUUGAUUAGAUUUAUGAGUAAGAAAUACAAAUUAUCUUG